AUCCCGGCGCACCCUGGUCUCGACGCUGGCUCCAGCUCUUUCUUCUUGCAACGCUCCUGCUCUGCUCCUCCCGGCAUUAGAGCCCUGGGGCAGCGGGGUUACCUUUCCGACUUUGCCGGUGCUGCCCCCGCUGGCACCCCGGAGCCGGGCGUACGCGGGUCCUGGUAACUGUCGCCGCUGCCGCCUCAGCGCCUUCCCGCCGGCGGCUCGGGCGCAGUGUUCUGGUGGCGGAGGCGUGAGCGCGAAUUCCCGGCCCGGGGUCGGCACCCGCCAGCCCUGCCCCCGCCUCGGCCCGGUGCCCCGCAGCCGCGGCCCCUUCCCAGCGCAGGGGCCAGCGGCCGGGGCAGGGCGGGCAUAUUCAAUGGAAGUAUGUUACCAGCUGCCGGUGCUGCCCCUGGACAGGCCGGUCCCCCAGCACGUCCUCAGCCGCCGAGGAGCCAUCAGCUUCAGCUCCAGCUCCGCGCUCUUCGGCUGCCCCAAUCCCCGGCAGCUCUCACAGAGACGUGGAGCUAUUUCCUAUGACAGUUCUGAUCAGACUGCAUUGUAUAUUCGUAUGCUAGGAGAUGUACGUGUAAGGAGUCGAGCAGGAUUUGAAUCAGAAAGAAGAGGUUCUCAUCCGUAUAUUGAUUUUCGUAUUUUUCAUGCUCCGUCUGAAGUUGAAGUUUCUGUGUCUGCGAGGAAUAUCAGAAGGUUACUAAGUUUCCAGCGAUAUCUUAGAUCCUCGCGCUUCUUUCGUGGUACUACUGUUUCAAAUUCUCUAAACAUUUUAGAUGAUGAUUAUAAUGGACAAGCCAAGUGUAUGCUGGGAAAAGUUGGAAAUUGGAAUUUUGAUAUCUUUCUAUUUGAUAGACUAACAAAUGGAAAUAGUCUAGUAAGCUUAACCUUUCAUUUAUUUAAUCUUCAUGGAUUAAUUGAGUACUUCCAUUUAGAUAUGAUGAAACUUCGUAGAUUUUUAGUUAUGAUUCAAGAAGAUUACCACAGUCAGAACCCGUACCACAACGCAGUGCACGCUGCAGACGUCACUCAGGCCAUGCACUGUUACCUAAAAGAACCUAAGCUUGCCAACUCUGUAACUCCUUGGGAUAUCUUGCUGAGCUUAAUUGCAGCUGCCACUCAUGAUCUGGAUCAUCCAGGUGUUAAUCAACCUUUCCUUAUUAAAACUAACCAUUACUUGGCAACUUUAUACAAGAAUACCUCAGUACUGGAAAAUCACCACUGGAGAUCUGCAGUGGGAUUAUUGAGAGAAUCCGGUUUAUUCUCACACAUGCCAUUAGAAAGCAGGAAACAAAUGGAGACUCAGAUAGGUGCUUUGAUACUAGCCACAGACAUCAGUCGCCAAAAUGAGUAUCUGUCAUUGUUUAGGUCCCAUUUGGAUAGAGGUGACUUAUGCCUUGAAGAUGCCAGACAUAGGCAUUUGGUUUUACAGAUGGCUUUGAAAUGUGCUGAUAUUUGUAACCCAUGUCGGACGUGGGAAUUAAGCAAGCAGUGGAGUGAAAAAGUAACAGAGGAAUUCUUCCAUCAAGGAGAUAUAGAAAAGAAGUAUCAGUUGGGUGUGAGUCCAUUUUGUGAUCGUCAAACUGAAUCUAUUGCCAACAUCCAGAUAGGUUUUAUGACUUAUCUAGUGGAGCCUCUAUUCACGGAAUGGGCCAGGUUUUCCAAUACUAGGCUCUCCCAGACAAUGCUCGGACACGUGGGGCUGAAUAAAGCCAGUUGGAAGGGACUGCAGAGAGAACAGUCCAGCAGUGAGGACACCGAAGCUCCGUUUGAGGAGUUGAACUCACAGUUAUUACCUCAGGAAAACCGGCUCUCCUAGCUCCAGAAUCAGUGGACAGACUGCCUCUGGGAGGCUGCUGGACAUGUGAAAUUGGGGCUGGAGGUGAGAGAACUUACUCCUGACCGCCAAGGUUUCCAGUGAGUGAUGCCAGCAUUAUUUACGCCCAGGAUUUCCUCUGUCGGAUUAUUUGAACCCCCUUUUUAAUUACAAGACCUGAACAUACAGCAAUAUGGAUUGGGCUCUCACGGGAAACCUUGAAUCUGCAAAGCCCAGCAGGAGCAAAUCUGGCAGGAGUGACAAAGGAAGCUGUGGGGAGUGCCACGUGCUUCCCAAAGCAUUUAUUCUUCGAACAGUGAAACUUGAACUGAAUCUUUCAGCAGAAAUCUCUUGGAAUUUAACCAGUCCGAUGCAACAUUGUGUAUCUGUACCUUCCACUAGGUUCUCACUGAGAAAUUGGGAAUGUGAAGCGCCCCGCCUCUGCUGCCUCCGGCAAGACUCGAUGUUUACAAAUCAGCUCUGAAAUACUGGUUCUAAAUUUGCCUUGGAGCACAAUUGUGAAGGAACCACUAAGAAUUUCAUAGAUCAAACUUUAAACUGCAGCUCCUUCCCCCGGUUUGCCUUUUUUCUUCUUUGGAUGCCACCAAAGCCUCCCAUUUGCUAUAGUUUUACUUUGUGCACUGGAAACUGUGCAUUAUCAUAGAGUACCGCCAAGCUUUCCCUCCAGUGCUGUUUGGCAGUGCAAUUUUUUUUAACUCUUAGUUUUUAAUUUGGGGCGGGAGGGAAAGAACACCAAUGUCCUAGCUGUAUUAUGAUUCUGCAGUGAAGACAUUGCAUGUUGUUUUCACUACUGUACACUUGACCUGCACAUGCAAGAAAAGGUGGAAUGUUUAAAACACCAUAAUCAGCUCAGGGUAUUUGCCAAUCUGAAAUAAAGUGGGAUGGGGAAGUGUGUCCUUCAGAGCAAGGGUACUAAGUCCCUUUCGCUGCAGUGAGUGAGAGGUAUGUUGUGUGUGAGUGGCCGGAUGUGUGUCUGUGUGCAUGUUGUGCAUGUGUGACUGUGCAUGUGUUCUAUUUAUCCAUGUGGGAAAGGAUUGGAAAUGUAAGCUUUUAUUUAUUAUCUUGGAAUGUGAUGUAAUGAGCAGCCACACUUAGGGGAGGGGAGGUAGGUAAGCUGUAACCGAUGCUCCAGUUGCCUUAAACUAUGCACAAAGCUAAGUGACCAAACUUCUUGUUUCGAUUUGAAAAAAGUACAUUGUUUUCUUGUCUCCCCCCUCCCCAUCCCCCACCUUUUGAUGAACCGAUACCCUUUGAUGGGCCUUUUGAUGUGAACAGAUGUUUUCUAGGACAAAAUCUAAGGACUAAUUUUAAACUUAAAACAUUCCACUUUUGUAAUUUGUUUUAAAUUGUUUUAUGUAUAGUAAGCACAACUGUAAUCUAGUUUUAAGAGAAACCAGUGCUUUCCUUUAGUUCAAUUGUAUUUCCCUUGUUACUGUAAAAGACUGUUUAUUAAUUAUGUUUACAGUUUGUUGCAACAGCCAUUUUCUUGGGAGAAAGCUUGAGUGUAAAGCCAUUUGUAAAAGGCUUU